AUUGGUCGGAUCAGGCCACCGAUCGGCACUAUCCAACGUCCGGCGCUCGAAACCGACGGCUGCGAUCCGGCCCCGCCCUGACGUCACCUACCCACUCCGUUCGUCGUCCUCGUCCUCGUCCUCGUCCUCUUCCUCCGACUGCCGUAGAACGAGCAAUCAAUCAUUAGCUCAAUCCGAUCGAACCUCGCAGCUCAAUCGAUCCCGAGAACGUCGAAGACGCGGAGCGCAAUGCUUCGAAUCAGCUACGGUCUCGCUCGGGCCUCUCUCUCUUCAUGGCCCUCCCUGAAGCCCCGGAGCGGCCCCGCUCUCUGCGGCCCGAAGUCGCGGGCAUUGUGGGGGAUUCGGUCCUCCUCCGCCGCCGCUUACACGACUUCGUCUUCCAGUGGCGGGAAGCUCCUGUUCCGUCAGCUGUUCGAGGAGGAGUCCUACACCUACACGUACCUCCUCGCCGACGUCUCCCACCCCGACAAGCCUGCCGUGUUGAUUGAUCCGGUUGACAAAACAGCAGAGAGGGACCUCUCGUUGGUGAAAGAACUCGGCUUGAAGUUAAUUUAUGCUAUGAACACUCAUGUCCAUGCUGAUCAUGUAACUGGGACUGGGUUGAUAAAGAUGAAGGUCCCUGGUGUUAAAUCUGUCAUUUCAAGAGCAAGCAAUUCAAGAGCUGAUCAUUUUAUUGAAGCUGGGGACAAGAUUUGUUUUGGUGAUUUGUUCUUGGAGGUCCGUGCCACACCUGGCCAUACAUUGGGGUGUGUUACGUAUGUUUCAGGGGACAGACCUGGUCAACCUCAACCAAGGAUGGCUUUCACAGGAGAUGCCUUGCUAAUUCGUGGGUGUGGUAGAACAGAUUUCCAGGGUGGAAAUUCCCUGCAACUUUAUCAUUCGGUGCAUUCACAGAUUUUGACAUUGCCCAAGGACACGUUGGUGUAUCCUGGUCAUGAUUAUAGGGGAUUCUCGGUUAGUACUGUGGGGGAGGAGAUGCUGUACAAUCCUCGGCUCACAAAGGACGAGGAGACAUUCAAGAAGAUUAUGGAAAAUCUGAACCUACCAUAUCCAAAGAUGAUUGAUGUGGCUGUCCCUGCAAAUAUGGUCUGUGGGUUGCAAGACCUCUCCUCGGAGGCAGUCGGAGCUGCAUCUAACUAGGCUUACAUACCCAGGUGGCGGUCGAUCCAGGUUUGUUUCUUUCUCGCGGAGGAGUCACCCGACUGACCAGGGUAAGUCGAGUUUCUCCCGGCUUGUUCGACGACAGAGAACAGUUAUGACUUUAUCGGCGAAUCAGUAUCAAUGCACUCUAGCCUGGACUGUUAGACAUCCAAUCAGUGAUCGCAACAACGAGGCGAUUACCAACGGUUCCUGGCUUCAUGCAAGCGAGCUGCAGCCUACAAUCAUGAAAAAAGACCAUUGAAAUGAACCCAGCAGAAAGAUGCAUGAUGUAUAUAUCCGAACUAAUAGACUUGCUUUUUGAUUUGUUCAAAGGUUGAUGUGGGCCUGACCGACUGUCCCUAUUACACAUUGGGAACACGGCCGAAACGAGGUCUCCGAGAGAAAACACGAGUGAGCUCUUCCAAAAGUAGUGAGUUUGGUCGUUUUCGGGAUAGAUUAGGCGUGGAGAGUGGACCGUGGCUAGUCAAUCACAUCGGUGUGACCACAAUACAUGGUCUUUUUCGAGUUAAGGGUAAAAGGGGAUAGAAUUGACAAGCAAGAGAAUGAUAUGGAUACAUCAAGAUUUUGCAAUAAAGAAUAAGUCAAUGCCAAGAGAGUAGACCUGGUCGGGUUAAUUUGCAUUUUCC